UUGAGGUGUGCGCAAGCUUUGCAAGCAUGGCGACCCCGCCAGGCCUGCAGGCCGACUGCGAGGCGCUGCUCAGCCGCUUCCAGGAGAUGGACAGCGUGCGCUUCGAGGACUUCACGGAGCUCUGGAGGAACAUGAAGUUCGGGGCCAUCUUCUGUGGUAAAAUGAGAAAUUUAGAAAAGAACACAUUUACAAAAGAAGCUUUAGCUUUGGCUUGGCGAUAUUUUUUACCUCCAUACACCUUCCAGAUCAGAGUUGGUGCGUUGUAUCUGCUGUAUGGAUUAUAUAACACCCAACUGUGUCAACCAAAACAAAAGAUUAGAGUUGCCCUGAAGGACUGGGAUGAAGUUUUGAAAUUUCAACAAGAUUUGAUAAAUGCACAACAUUUUGAUGCAGCCUAUAUUUUUAGAAAGCUACGACUAGACAAAGCAUUUCACUUUACAGCAAUGCCCAAAUUGCUGUCAUAUAGAAUGAAGAAAAAAAUGCCGCGAGCUGAAGUUACGGAAGAAUUUAAGGACCCAAAUGAUCGUGUAAUGAAACUUAUCACUUCUGAUGUAUUAGAGGAAAUGCUGAAUGUUCAUGAUCAUUAUCAGAACAUGAAACAAGUAAUUUCAGCUGAUAAGUCCAAUCCAGACAAAACCCUCAGCUUGGUAAAAGAUGAUUUUUUUGAUAAUAUUAAGAACAUUGUUUUGGAGCAUCAGCAGUGGCACAAAGACAGGAAGAAUCUGUCCUUAAAAUCAAAAGGUAAAGAUGGAGAAGAAAAGAUGGAAGAAAAGUCACAAAAAUCGGAGAGAUGUGAAAGGGCAGAAUCAUUAGCAAAACUGAAAUUAAAGGCCUUUUCAGCUGUUGUUCAGGCUUCCAAGUCAAGAAGGCAUCGUCAACUCAGGCUUGACUCGUCUGACUCUGAUUCUGGGUCUGGUCAAGGACAAAGCAAAGCAACCAGGAGAAAAAGAAACAAAGAAACAGUGAAAUCAGUAGGAAAGAAGAAAUCUUCCAGAAAAAGAGAUGACAUAAAGAACGUACAUAAGGAAGAUACAUGUUUGCGUCUCAGUAUGCCUGUGAUUGCAGAAGAGGACGGGGAGGACGGAAGUCAGAGGGAAACAGAGGUCACUGCACCUAAGAGGAAAAGAAAACUCAGAACAAAGAGCCUGGUGUAGAGUUUGUCAUUUUGAGCUUUCUGACAGAAGAAAAGAUUUAUAUUUUUGUGUAUUGAACAGGAAGACUGCCAUUAUUGAACACAAUUCUUCUGGGAAACUUUGUUUCUUUGAAAUGAUAGAGCGGGAGGAAGAGAGGGAGAGAGAAACAUCGACGUGAGAGAG